UUAUUAUAAAAUAUAGAAUAUAUUGAAAAAGAAAAAAGAAUAAAGAAUAAAGAAAGCGAAGAAAAACAAGUGAGUUAUUUUUGUUCUUGUUGAGUUUCCAUUGUGUAAACUGAGGAUCUUUAUCAUCUCCAAGGAAGAUAUUAUAUAAAGAAAGAUUUGAUCAUGGCAGUGGUUGAAAAUGGUGAGUUGAAUGUUAAUAAUUUGAUGAAUCAGACUGAGGUGGUUAAAAUUAGUGAGCCCAAAUCAAAGAAUUUUGAGAUGGGUGUUGAGAAUGAGCUGAAAAAAGUGAAGGGUAGUGAUCAGAUGAGUUUGGUUAAGCUGCAGAAUGGUACUAAUGGGAAUGGAGGGGUUCAUCAUCAGAUGAAGGGUCAGGAUGGUUUGAGGAGUGAUGGUGAUGGUGAUCAGGAUGGUGGUGAUGAUAGGGGGGAGGGGUUUAAGAAGGAGAUGAGGGAUUUGGAAGAAAUGUUGUCGAAAUUGAACCCGAUGGCGAAGGAAUUUGUGCCUCCUUCAAUUACGGGGUUUGGGCCAGUUUUGCAAGCACCUCAGUUUGGUUAUAUUGCUGAUGGGAGUUUUGUUGUGCAUACUAGCUCUCCUGUUGCGGCUGGUGGGAAUUCGGUGAGACGGAAGAAGUCUGGAUAUAGUCAUGGGAAGCGAAGGAUGAAUAGUCGAACUAGUAUGGCUCAGAGGGAAGAGGUUAUUAGGAGGACUGUUUAUGUUUCCGACAUUGAUCACCAGGUUACUGAAGAACAACUUGCAGCUCUCUUCAUCAGCUGUGGUCAGGUUGUUGAUUGUCGUGUCUGUGGCGACCCAAAUUCUAUUCUCCGGUUUGCCUUUGUUGAAUUCACUGACGAGGACGGUGCAAGAAAUGCUUUGAGUCUGGAAGGGACAAUGCUUGGUUUUUACCCUGUCAGGGUGCUGCCUUCGAAAACUGCAAUUGCACCUGUUAACCCUACAUUUUUGCCAAGGUCUGAAGAUGAAAGGGAGAUGUGCGCAAGGACUAUUUACUGCACAAAUAUAGAUAAGAAGAUUACUCAAGCAGAUGUCAAACUCUUUUUUGAAACUUUCUGUGGGGAGGUUCUUCGCUUGAGGCUGCUUGGUGACUAUCAUCAUUCUACUCGUAUUGCAUUCGUUGAGUUUGUGAUGGCUGAGAGUGCAAUUGCAGCCCUUAACUGUAGUGGUGUCUUCUUGGGAUCAUUGCCAAUAAGGGUAAGCCCAUCAAAGACGCCUGUCAGGCAACAACGUGUUCCUCGUUCUGCAAUGCACUAAGUCUACCAUGCAGCACUUCUAAAUCAAUUUUCUGCUAAUAUAAUAUCUACUUAUACAUACAUAGAUAUGGAGAUACUUUCAAGGUACUUUUGUCCAUUCCAUGCCGGCCAGUAUCUCCCAUCUAUAGGGUUAUUUAUGCUGUUUCUUUAUCAUGUAGAGUUAGAUGGAAUUCCGAGGCUAUAGCUGGCUUGGUUAUGCUGCAUGUUAAGCUAAACUGUGUAGGUUUUGUCCCAAAGUGUUAUGCUUUUGGAAUGUUUCUAACAUGAAACUCUUUGGAAGUCUAAUUUCAUGGGAUUUUGUCCAA